AUGGAGAAGCUCCCGGGCGACGUUUUAUCAAAUAUAUUCAUCCGCUUGUUAGCGAAACAGCUUGCUCAAAUGAGACUCGUGUGUAAAACUUGGAAUGCUCUCUUGUCUGAAUCCUCCUUUAUAAAAUCUCACCUCCAUCAUUCAAUCCAUAACAACAAGAAGAACAAGGAUGAUGAGAUUCUUUUGUUCUUUGAGAAGGCGAUUAUUGACUAUUUUUCUAGUACAUGUCCAUUAACAGCACGCUCCUGUGGUUCUCCUCGUCUGGAAGUCAGUAAUUUCAUGAAACUUGAACUCCCAAUUGAUCCCCAACAUGAAAAGAAAAAGCCUAUGAUCAAUGUGUUUGGGUCUGUGAAUGGGUUAAUAUGCUUUUCUUACUUAAAAAAUCAUGGUUAUUUCAUUCGCAUUUGGAAUCCUUCUCUCUCGGCAUCGUUAACUCUCCCGCGUUCUUCUUUGUCGGACCAAACCCAUCACCCGUAUGUGUGGUUUGGUUUUGAUCCGAAAACUGAUGAUUACAAAGUUGUUAAGGUGAGUUCAUCUUUUUUCUUCCUAAAACCCGCCGACAGGGAAACACAACCACAUCCACAAGUUGAAGUGUAUAGCAUGAGAAAGGGUUCCUGGGAGUCAGCAUCCCAAAGGAUUCCUUCCCACAUCAAAAUGUUUUUCUAUCGAGACGAUGUUUGUGUGGAUGGGCGUAUUCAUUGGCUUUGUGUUACUGAUUUGGAGGGGAACCCACGAACAAUAGUGACAUUUGAUUUGGGUGCAAUGACAUUGGGUGAUGAGAUACCUCUUCCUGAUUCUGUAAUAGAUUGCGGUAGGUGGUGCAUGUCUGACUUGGGAGUUUUGGGUGGAAAGCUUUGUGUGAUGUCACGUUGCGUUAAACAUUAUGAAUGUAACGUGUGGGUGAGGGAUGAUCAUACGGAUUCAUGGGUGAAACAUCAUUUGUUUUCCCAGUUUAAUGCUCGUAUAACUCCAUAUGGAUUCACAUCACACAACGAGUUUCUUUUUCAACUUGACCAUUCUCCUCGUUUUGCUUUGUAUGAUCCGGUUGCAGCCAAGACUAAAACCUUCAAGAUUAAGACAAUGACACGACCGCUUGAUAGACUUAAAAUAUUCAACUACGUCGAUAGUCUUGCUUGGAUACCACCUGCAGCCACUCAAUUGUCUUCAGUUUCUUAG